AUGGCGCACACGCCAAACGAAAACACUCCCUUCUACGAGUAUCUCGUGGAUGACCCAGAAGUAAGUAUCUCACCCGGCGUUGCAUUCCACUUUUCCGUUCGGUGUCCUUCUCCCCGGAGCGCGGCUCUUCAGUGGCUCGCUUUUCUGGCGGUCGAGUCUCGAAUCCAACGACCAGCUCAUUCUGCACAAUGCCUCGUUACAACUUUCUCCAUCUGCCGACCAGGGCGGCAUAUGAAUGUGACAAGACAAGCGCUGGACCAAGCGAUCGAAGGCGCGAGUGAGUACAUGAUGCCACUCGGUAGCACCAAGCCGAGCCAGAUCCCCCCUCCCCUCAAGGACCUCCCCGAUGAGAAGUCAAACCACGAUCCAAUGACCGUGCAAAACUUUCUACACUAUUUUGUCUGUCGAUGGUCGCCUCCGAUGCUUGAGAAGAGAGAAAAAAAGUCUGACCAUUGUUUCUUCUAUCAGCAGAUGAUAGCUUCGACGCCGUUGUCCCCGCACUUCUCUCCCGAAGUUUUCGGAGGGGCUUUCGACGUCGGCGACCGCCAACACCACGCCACUCGGCCCGGUAAUCAGACCACCCUGCUAAGCCCAGGCCAUAAUCGGCCCAACACCGUCAAUGAAUCGACCACAGCGACACCACUUAAUCAGGCCCAGGCCAUUGCGGGUGUUCCUGAACUAUCCGUACCGACGGCGCAAUUCCCGCAAGUUCACGGUCUGGGAGGACUCCAUCACCUGGAUCGGCAACACCAGCAAAACCACACUCAGCAGCAGCUGCUGCAGCCUCAGCUCCAUCCUUCAACCCUGGGUCUGGGUCUUGGUCUGGGCACUCUGGGGUUGACACAUGCAGAGGGCAGACAGGGUCUCCAGCACCAAUUCGGUCCAGCGGCAGCGCCUGCGCCUAAUAUUGCUGAUCAACAGGGGACAUUGUCGCCGCAGCUCCAUUUGCAGGGCCAUCAGAGAGUACCCGCCGCAUGGCUUCCGCCCGGAUAUGGAAUCCCGGUGUACCACGACAACCCGCAACAGCAUGUCGAUGCAACGUCCUCCUCCACAUCAGCAGCAGGUGUCAACCCAUCCGUCACUCUUUCUGCAGCAGGCAGCCUAAGUACUGAUGGCAAUAGCCAGAGCAUUGGUGUUGGCGGUGGUCACUUAUUCGAUUUCGGGUUCGCAGCACCUCCACCACCGCCGAGUGAGCAGCCGUUCCUGGGCGGCGGAGUCUAUGCCGACAUCACGCCACUUUCCACCACGUUAGCUGUAACAGCUCACCCGCAACCACCAACGACCACUUUUGAUUUCCAUGCUUCACCAUGGCGGCCUCGGCUUCAAGACAGCAGCUCCGUCACCCUGACACCAAACAUUGCAGCCGUCGCUGCGGUCGAAUUGAACCACGACGUCCGCAAGCACAGCAAAAGCAGCAUGGAGACCGAUAGCGACGUCAAGGACCCUUCGUGGGAUGACGACGAGAAUGAGCCCCAAGACAAAAGGGGCGGAGCUGGAGCAAAGCAGACGUCGUCAUCGUCAUCGCCUGGGAACCGGAAGCCGCAGCGAAAGGGCAAGCGCCGUGCCGUAGCCGAUCCCGGAGCCGGCGGUAUCGACGACGAUGACGAACCCACCAGCCCAGCGGGCCGAACUAGCGUCAGCGGCCGAUCGGUCAAGUCGGCAUCCGUCGCCUCAUCUGCCGGGUCGAGCACCAAGACGGCGCCAGCGCCACGACUGCGCAGUGCCUCCCGCACCUCCAAGAACGCAUUGCAAAAGCCCACCGAGUCCCUCGAAGAGCGACGAACACGCGCAUCCCACAACCUAGUCGAGAAGCAGUACCGCAAUCGACUCAACGCUCAAUUUGAAGGUCUCCUCAAUGCCCUACCGGAGCAGGUCCGCGGCCCGGCCGGCACCGGAGACGGUGACGAAUCGGACCCGCAGGCUGCGGCGGCGGCGGCGAAUGAGGAAAGGCGGGUCAGCAAGGCCGAGGUGCUGGACAUGGCCCGCCGCCACAUCCAGAACCUGGAGCGGGAACGGGAGACGCUCCACCGCGAAAGGGGGGAGCUGCUGCGCAACUUGGAGACGCUGGAGCGGGAGGCGGCUGUGAACGGGGGCAGCGGUGGCCGGCUGGACGAGUUCCUCGACGUCGAAGGGGCCUCGGAUGAGAGAGGCGCGUCGUCGGCGUGGAGAAAUGCCUGA